AUUUAUUAAAUGUUGUUAAUGCCACAGUGCUACAGAGAAAGACUAAUGUUUGCUGGGCCCAUGCCAGCGCUGAGGUUUGGGGUCAGCAACUGGAGAGCCAGUAAAGCUCUACAAGAAUGUGGAGCCGUCUCAUUUGUAGUUAAAGAUAGAGGCAGCGGCGGGCUGUAUCCUCGCUGACAGUUUCUAAUUUCAGAUAUCAUCAGUCGGUCUCCUGCUUUUGAGACACUUUUGUUUUAAUGUUUUUCUUGAUAGAAAUAGGCUUGUUGCUAAAAGGAGAACCAACUCAGCUUGAAAAGGCAAAGGAGUUCAGCCAUGGGGCUUCAUGAAAGAAUGAUUGAAGACUGUGGGCAGAGAGGCGACAACAUGGCAGAUAGAAGGCAACUGUUUGUGGAGAUGAGGGCUCAGGAUCUGGAUUCUAUACGAUUAUCAACGUACAGAACAGCCUGUAAACUCAGAUUUGUGCAGAAGAAAUGCAACUUGCAUUUGGUGGACAUCUGGAAUGUCAUCGAGGCUUUUCGGGAGAACGGGCUCAACACCAUGGACCUCAACACGGAGCUCUCUGUGGCUCGUCUGGAGAUGGUGGUCUCCACCAUUUUUUACCAGCUGAACAAACGCAUGCCCACCACCCACCAGAUCAACAUAGAUCAGUCCAUCAGCCUGCUGCUCAACUUCCUGCUAGCGGCCUAUGACCCGGACAGCCUCGGCAAGAUAUCUGUCUUUGUUGUGAAGAUGGCACUAGCGACCAUCUGUGGAGGGAAAAUCCUGGACAAAUUAAGAUAUAUUUUUUCCCAGAUUUCAGAUUCUGCUGGAAUAAUGGCACAGUCACAGUUUGACCAAUUUCUGAGGGAGGUCCUGAAAUUACCCAUGGUGGUUUUCGAGGGGCCGUCUUUCGGUUACACAGAACAAGCGGCGAGAGGCUGCUUCGCACAACAGAAAAAGGUCUCGCUCAACACAUUCCUGGAUACGUUGAUGUCAGACCCGCCUCCUCAGUGUCUGGUGUGGUUGCCGCUCAUGCAUCGGCUCGCCAACGUGGAGAACGUCUUUCACCCGGUCGAAUGCUCCUACUGCCAUACUGAGAGUAUGAUGGGCUUCCGCUACCGCUGCCAGCAAUGUCAUAAUUACCAGCUCUGUCAGGACUGCUUCUGGAGGGGGCAUGCCAGUGGUUCCCAUAGCAACCAGCACCAAAUGAAGGAGUACACGUCAUGGAAAUCCCCUGCUAAGAAGUUAUCCCGCGCGCUCAGUAAGUCGCUGAGCUGUGCAACCAGUGGAGAGCCUCUUCACCCCAUGUUUCUGGAGACGCCAGAGGAACCGUUCAACCUAGCUCAUAUUGUAGAUACGUGGCCUCCAAGACCGGUGAACGUCCCUAACGACUACUCUUUCUCCCACUCCAUGCCGACAUCAGGGAACCCUUACUCCACCAAAAACAAGAAUAAUGAUGUUGAGCAGAGAAAGCCCUUGACUGGGGCUGCUCCACAUCUGUUGAGAGGGAGAGGGUUGAACUACAACCUUGAUGUUGCAGAUAGACUUGCAGACGAACAUGUUCUGAUCGGCCUCUAUGUCACACUACUCCAAAACAACCCCAACACAUGCUUGCUCGAGAGCAGUAACCAUCAAGAUGAAGAGCACAGCCUCAUUGCCCGCUAUGCUGCUAGACUGGCUGCUGAUGCUGCGGCUCAACAGCAGCGCGUCCCCAAAGACCUGCCCUGUUCUCUGGAUGCCAACAAACAGCAGAGGCAGCUCAUUGCUGAGCUGGAGAGCAAAAACAGAGAAAUUCUGCAGGAAAUCCAGCGUCUGCGCCUCCAGCAUGAGGAGGCGUCACAACCACCUCCUGACAAAGCUCAGCAGAAUCCAACUCUGCUGGCUGAGCUCCGUCUUCUCAGGCAACGCAAAGAUGAGCUGGAACAAAGAAUGUCUAGUCUGCAGGAGAGUCGCAGGGAACUCAUGGUGCAGCUGGAGCAGCUAAUGAUGCUUCUCAAGGUAGCAGAAACGUGUCUUUCAUCACGCUCACUGCAGUUCCCCGCCCCCCCCCCCCUUUCCCCUAGUCACACCAUCAGCCGGUCAAUACCCACACCCAUCCACUCGGACUCCGCUUGCACGACCCCAACUCACACACCUCAGGACUCACUCAUGGGCGUGGGAGGGGACGUUCAAGAAGCCUUUGCUCAAGGUCCACGAAGAAAUCUGAGGAAUGACCUGCUCAUUGCUGCUGACUCCAUCACCAACACCAUGUCGUCACUAGUCAGGGAAUUAAAUUCUGAGGGAGGAAGUGAGACUGAGAGCACUGUGGACUCAGACUACGGACGUGGUGAUCUGAUGGCCACGACCUCCUCAGACCCCUUCAUGUACAAAACAAGGAGGGCCAGUGCUGUAGACGAGGACUGCUUUGAGCAUGACCUGGAGCGGCAGCUGGAUGACGAGUUCAAGUUGGACGAGCUCAUAAAGCACAGGCAGGAGCCGGAAAAGACAUGCAUGGUUACUCUGCAGCAGUAACUAUGUUUGUUCACGGGACUGGUGAGCAAUAUGAAAAGCAACACAAGUAGAAAACACUGGACACGACAACACUGGGCUCUGGCAUUCUAAAAAAACAAAGAACCUGUGUAGAAAAAAAAAAACAAGUCUCACCACAGGAUACAUUUAUGUAAAGAUAUAUAUUUUUAACCAACCACAUAUUUAAGGUGAAACUGUGAGCUAAUGUAAAGAGAUUAAUUAUUGAACUGUCAAUAAUACCACAGGUGCCAUAAAAACUAUAUGAUUUCAAUUUUUAUUUUAGUAUUAUUUUAAUUAUUGGGGACUUAUUUGCAUUGUACAUCAAAACAUGAUGUUCAUGGGGUGGCAAUUGUUUCAAUUCUAAUGGGUCUGAGUUGAUUUUUAGUGACUUUGAAUCAGGUUAUGGAAUCUCAAACUUACACUGGACUUGAAGUUGUUAAUGACAUCAAUUGCAUUCUUUUGUAAAUGUGAAAUUCUAGCCUUGUGUUUUUUGUUUUGUUUUUUUGCUUUGAUAUAUGGCUAUUUCUCCUAUUUCUCACUGUUGAUGUCAUGUGGCUUUUGUAUUUUUUAAUCGUUUUUGUGGAAAAAGGCAAAUGGUUGUUGAUUAUGUAGGUUUGUUUUACUUCACAUACGAUACCAAUGCACCCUGCCUUAACUGACUGGAUGACCUCUUCAGAGAGUUUGUUCAGACUGUCAACGCAGCAUGUAGCGAACAAGCGGGAUGUGAUUAAACAGUAACAGAUUUUACACUGUUGGCGCAAAAAUGUUGACUUAAAGACAGAUCAAAAAUGUCUUAACACAUAGGGACGAAAAGGAUGUGACACACACGUCUCCAAAUAGGUCAAAGGCGUAUACUGGUAAGAUACCGGUAUGUACUGGUAACAAAUAGUGUUUACUAUUAAUGGUUUAUGAAUUAAGGCUCAAUCACAGAUCAUUCGUCGUCUCCUCAUUCGUUAACGUCAGUGCUCUUAUUCGAAUCUGUGCAUGACUUGCACACAAAACACCUACGCCCGCACACACUCGGUAAUGUGUUUCCCGAGUGUGUGUGAAACUUUACUCUGUCACUUUGAGAACAGUGGCAAGCCAAUCUAAAAUCAUAAAUGUGUGAAAUAUAUCUAGUUUGAUUUUUGAGCAAGUUCAUAGCAGUGAUUUUGCAUGGUGGUGAUGCAUAAUAAAGUGUUGACACAAUAUC